AUGGCCGUCAUCGAGAUCCAGUCGGAAGCUCAAUUUUCCGAGUUGACCAAGUCGGACCCUUCCAAGCUUAUUGCGCUCUACUUCCACACACCAUGGGCUGGGCCAUGUAAGACAAUGAACUCUGUUUUUAAGACUUUGGCUGAUUCUAAAGCGGCCGAUCCAACUAUCCUCUUUCUCAGCAUUAAUGCCGACGACCUCUCGGAAAUAAGUGAGGUUUUUGAAGUUUCCGCUGUUCCAUACUUCAUUUUGAUCCGCAACUCGACCAUAUUGAAAGAGUUAUCGGGCGCUGACCCCAAGGAAUUUAUAAACGCUUUGAACCAGUUUUCAAACUCAGCUCCGGCUGCUGUUGCUGCCGCCGCAAAGGAAGAAGCUCCUAUUAAUAAUGGUGUAGGAAAUGGAGCUGGAGAUGUUUCUGAAUCAGAAGAAGCCCUUGAUGAAAGAUUAAAGAAGUUGACUGCAGCCGCUCCAAUAAUGUUGUUCAUGAAAGGUUCGCCUUCCUCGCCUCAAUGUGGCUUUUCCAGACAAAUGGUUGCUAUCUUGAGAGAACACCAGGUCAGAUUUGGAUUUUUUGAUAUCUUGAAGGACGACUCCGUCAGACAAGGCUUGAAGAAGUUUAGCGACUGGCCCACUUUCCCUCAAUUGUAUAUCAACGGAGAGUUCCAGGGAGGUUUGGACAUCAUUAAGGAAAGUAUUGAGGAAGAUGACCAGUUCUUCGAGAGAGCUUUGGCUGCGUAA